AUGUCGGAGGUUUCCUCCACUUCUCUGGGUGAUCUCAGCAUAGGCCAGCCAACGCCCCAGCUGAACCGAUCCUGCGAAUCUUGCAGGAGUUUAAAAGUCCGCUGUCUGCCUAACCUUUCCACGCCAAACCAGUGUCAGCGAUGUGCAAAGGGCCAAAAACCCUGUGUGUUCGUGGCGCCGCAACGACGGCGGCCUCGCAAGAGGACUGACUCGCGAGUGGCCCAGCUCGAGAAAGAGAUGCGUAUGAUGCGCUCUCUUCUCAAAGAUCGAAUCCGGGAAGAGAGUGAGCCCGAGUCGCCUGAGGGUAGCGAGGGUUCACGGGAGGGUUCUGGUGAAAUGGACUUUCAGGACCAACUCGGCACCAUCUCAGAGGCGCCGGCCAGCACGGCCGACUCUGCUCGCUACAUGGAUUAUUCUCCUGAUUUUGUCAACUCGUCCCAUCCAGGGAUGCAGGGGACUAGGCCUCUUCCAGCUCCACCAUCAUUCUCCGGGCUGCAUUUGAAUUUCUCCCACGAUCCGAUCAGGCUUCCUGUGGAGGAUGUUAUUGAUCGAGGCAUCAUCACGCUUGACGAUGCAGAGCAGUUGGUGGCCUUUUUCAUCCAUGAGCUUGCCUCGUUCUUUCCUCUCGUGGUUCUGCCGACCAGUACCACGGCGGCACAGAUGCGACAGUCGAAACCCGUUCUCUUUCUCUCUGUGCUUGCUGCAGCAUCUUUAUCCAUCGAUGCAGGACUGGCGGGUGUUUUGAAUCGCGAAAUAGUUCGUUUGUAUGCCGAUCAAUUCUUUGUCGAGGGUGAGAAAUCGUUGGAAUUGGUGCAGGCACUGUUGCUCAUGAUCAUCUUCUAUUUCCCGCCGGGUUCGCCUCUGAAGUUGCAGUUUUAUCAGUACACACACAUCGCUUCGACGAUGGCUUUGGAGAUCGGAUUGGCCACCAAACGACGGGUCUCGAAGAAGCCCGACCGGAAGAACAAGCACGAGCCGCAUGAUGAGCAUUUGGCGGAGCAGGCGAGGGCCGUUCUGGGGUGCUACCAUCUAGGAUCAACUGUAGCCAUGAAAACACGCCGUCCAAAUUUGCUGCAGUUCAACGACUGGAUGAUCGAGUGUGUAAGUCAAUUGGAACGGUCGCCGCACCGAACAGAUCAGCAUUUGGCCGUUUGGUUUGAAAUCCAGCGAAUCACCGAUGAAGCCAUGUCUUCAUUUGGUCUAGACGACACCAGUGCCUCAUCUCCAUUGACUGAAUCUCGUGUUCAAGCCGUGCUGCGGUGGUUUGACAAGCGAAUGGAGAUGUGGAAGAAGAGCACCCCAACCGACAUGCUCACAGUGCCAAUGAUCCUCGAAUACCGAUCCGCCGUUCUCGCCAUGUAUGAGUUGGGCGUUGGAGAAGGGUAUCGAGAACCCGAUGCCAUCAAGCGCCGCUAUUUCACUCUCCCAACGUUAGACGAAGACGGCAACACAAAACUCGCAGAACCCCCUCUCAGCGCAAUCCGUAUCGACAUCAAUGUGAAAUGGAUGAGUGCAGCACAGGAGCUGUUGGACGCGGUAUUUGCCUGCAGCACGGAGACAAUGCGACGACUACCGAACCUCAUGUAUACAAGGUUCGGAUCAGCAGUAACAUCACUGCUGAAAAUCCAUUUCUCCGUACGCACCGGUGCCUUGGGCGAAGUAGUCACAGCCGAAACGGUAAAUGUAGGCUACUACCUCGACAUGAUGGCCAACAAGCUGGGCGAGGCGAGCGGUGGGGGCCAAUAUAAGAUUCCAAGCCGGUGGUAUCAAGUGGUAGGCGUUCGCGGGCGUCACUGGCUCGACCGGUUAGAGAAACAGUAUUCAGGAUCCGGUGAUGCCGGGUCUGCUAUGAUGUCCGAGACUCCGUCCACGGCCACAGAUCCACUUUCGUCUUCCCAGCUCUCUCAGGAACGGCCUGUACCCUUGAACACAAUGAAUACGCCGGUCGAGUCAUUCCAUCCACCAGGCGUUCCACAUAUGCCUUCUGGCAUGGAUGGUAUGCGAGAUGGAUACGUCGCUAUGAGCGGCGCUGGGAUGUGGUCCAUGGAUGGCCAUGGUCAAAGCCAAUUCUUCCAGUCCAUACCUGGGGGCUAUCAAGCUUCUCAUCCACAGAAUCCCCUUCCUCCUCAGUUUGCGUAUGAUCCGCAGAGAAUGCCUCCUCAGGGACGACAGGUUGGAGCUGGAAUGGAACUGGAUGGGUGGCUUCCGGACGGGAGCAUCUUCGGUAUGCCUCCUUUGCCUGAAUUUUAA